AUGACAGGACACAAACGCAGUGGAGCAAAGCACCAUGCUCGGAAUCCUCAUCUCGAGAAGCGACCUUCUUUGACGCAUUUCCUCUGCAUACCGCUGGUCAACUCUGCAUCAAUUACCCAGCUUGAAAAAUCGUUGGCAUCUUUCAAGGAAGAUUAUCCUUUCAUUUCAUCUUCAGGCCUUCCAGAACGGCGUGGUCAGUCAUCAAAUGAUCAUGUUUCGCGACCACUGAUCCCCGAGGGUGCAAUCCGCCCCUUAGGCACACUUCAUUUAACGCUCGGAGUCAUGAGUCUUCCAAAUAGAGAUCGUCUCGAUGAAGCAAUUUCAUUCUUUAAAUCACUCAAUCUAGACGAACUAUUACGGGAGGCUGAGCGGGUAGCUCUCCAGAAACAAGCAAAGAGCCACAACAAGUACAGGUCUAACCGUACAAAAAAUGCAACAGAAGAUCCCCCGCAAUUUUCUCAGAACUCCAUACAACCACUUACUGCUUCGCUUGAGUCUCUACAUGCCAUACCGAGAGCAAAGGCCGCUACAGUUCUACAUGCCUCUCCUGUUGACUCCACAGCACGACUAUAUCCAUUUUGUCUAAUGCUGCGAGACAAAUUCAUUGAAGCGGGAUUUAUUACUGGCGAUUCCAAAGAAAAAGAAGAAAAGUCAAAGAAGAAUGAUGAAGCAAGUGAACGGCAGACAAAGACUGCAGAUGAACCCGCUUCACCUCGACAUGAUGAACCAGACCAGUCGAAUACAUCGACAAUAUCAGAUCCCUACACUGCGGCUCUUGCACGCACACCAAAAAUCCGGCCUCUACUAUUGCAUGCGACGAUUUUGAACACGAUCUAUGUUCGGGGUCGACUGAAGUCUGCACAGGGACCCUCUCAUACACAUCAGAAGAGGAAAAAUGUGCAGAAACGCAUUGAAAUUGACGCAAGAGGUCUGUUGGAUAGGUAUAAGAAUUACUUCACGGAUAAUACGAGGACAACUCCUCGUGUACUUGAUUCACAAAGCUCUUCUCCUCGAAGAAAAGAAUCGCCAGCUCAGAACGAUGAGCAACCUCGUCCGAAGACGGAUUCUUCUGAAGUUAUGAACGCCUCAGCACGAACUGAGCCGCAAUUUCCCUUUAUUUGGGCAAAAGAUAUCCCGAUUGAUUCGGUGUGUAUCUGCGAGAUGGGAGCGAAGAGGCUUCCUGAUCAAGGUCUUGAUGCUGAAACUCUGGAUCUUAAUAAGCGUCUCGGUGAAAAGUAUGUUGUUGUCGCGCAACGAGCUAUACUAGAUUCAUCUAGUUGA